AUGGACCGGGGGUUCACCAUCGAAAACCCCUAUGCCAGUGUCACCAUUCCGCGGGCUCAACUGAAGGAUGACUUCCUGAGAUACUACCUGGGAGAGGACUUCAGCCCCGGCGUCUUGCCCCCCUGCUCGGCAGCCCCACAGAAAGAGGCAGACCCAAAAUCUCCCUCUCUGGCUUGGAAUGGUCAAGCCCAGGCAGAGUCGCAAGCCAGACCCACCAACCCCUAUGCCAGCCUCAAGGUGCCCAAGGUGGAUGCUCCAGAGCCUUUCCGCUGGAAGGGCCACGAAGAGGCAGCUCCGGAUCCCGGCUGCUGUGGCUGCUGUUGCUCGCCUUGCUGCAGGAAGUGCUGCUGCGUCAUCUCCUAA